UGCAAAAAAGGAUUUUUUUCAAGAGGCGAACUUCUUUUACAUUUGACCUCAUGUAAACAUAAAUAUGAGAAGCCAGCUCAAUUUGAUUCGAUAGAGGAGGAUGGUUCCAAAGAAAAUACUUUCAUGGAUUGCAUUGAUAAUUGCAUCACCAACCCUGUUUGUACACCAGCAGACAACAAUGAUGAUAUUUCAAAUGGAAAUGGAGAUAAUCAUGACGAAAUACCAUUGAGUUCUUGUAUAGGAGUUUGUUCUAACCUAAUAGACCAAGGAGAAGAAGCGAACAAUACAGCCUGGGAGAGCAUUGCUAAUUGCAUCACCAACCCUGAUUGGACACCAGCUGAUAACAAUGAUGAUAUUCCAGAUGGAAAUGGUAUAGAUGAGAACUUUGUCCAACAACAAUUCAUUGUUAUUGGAACUGAGUGUUUUCUCUCUAAUGAAAUUUCUAUUGAGAAUGAAUGCCUCCAAUUGAAUGAUGAGGAAGGGCUGCCAUCUCCAAAUAAUGAGUGCAUAGAUAAUCCCUUAGCUGACCCUGAUUGGACACCAGAUGGAGAUGACAAUAUUUCUAUUGAGAAUGAAUGCCUCCAAUUGAAUGAUGAGGAAGGGCUGCCAUCUCCAAAUAAUGAGUGCAUAGAUAAACCCUUAGCCGACCCUGAUUGGACACCAGAUGGAGAUGACAAUAUUUCAGAUGAUGAUGGAGAUAAUAAUGACGAAAUAAUUUCAUCAAGCUCUUGUUUGGGGGACUUGACUAACAAGAGAGAAUUUGGAGUGGAUGAAACAAUCAACACAACAAACUCAGGUGAUCGAAAGUCUAAAGGAGACAGAAAAAGAUGGUCAAGAGCAGACCCCAAUAUUCGUGAUCGUUCUAUUCAAAAGAAACGUAGAAACACUGGACAAGACUAUCAAGUGAAAGAGAAACAUUUUUCAGCUAAGUCCCCAAAAGAGUCAUGCAACAUCAAGUGUCGGUAUAAGUGUUCCAAUAAUUUUAAUGAAGAGGAAAGAAGAAAAAAUUGUGCAGAAUACUGGGCUCUUGAAACGAAUCUUACCUACUAUCCAAUGGAUUUGGCUGCCGUCUAUAAACGUCUUUUAAACAUCAAAGACGAAGAACUUAAAGCUUUUGAAGGCCACAUAUACAAUGUACUUGGUAUCAGCUAUGAACAUUUUAUGUUCGACUUCGAUCACUAUACAUCUGGAAAGGCAUCGAAUUUCACACGUAGUGAGAAAUGGAGAAUCUAA